UUAAACGUCGUGAAAUCGGGCAUUGUGUUUCGAUAAGCCAUUGUUCUUCGAACCUGUCACUCUUGAAUCAGUAGGAAACUAACGAUAAAUGUCUCACAUUAAUUAAACAAAAAGUGUUUGAAUUAUCGUAAGUCUUGAAGCUAUAGCAAUUUAUGUACGAGUAACUGUCUUUUAACAGCAACGGCUCUUUAGUUGUUUUAGUGGGGACUGAAUGUAGCGACUUCUCUCUCAGUCCUUAAUUUUUGAAGAAUGACUAGCGGAUCGUUACAAAGCUAUCAAAUCGUUUUGAUUGUCAUCUUGGUUUUAAACCUUUUAUUUUGGGUGUUCGUCAUCUGCUGGCGCUUGUUUAUGAAUAAGCAUGAUCAGUCUCAACAAAGGCGAAACCGAAAUGCUCCUUUAAGAAGACGAUUUGCCUACAGAAAUACAGCGUUUAGUGCAAACAUAACGAACACCAGUGAAAAUGAUGGAAGAGAACCAGAUUUUCCUCACAUAGAUGUUGAUUUUGAACAGAAUCUUCCUCCAGCUUACGAAGAAGCUAUCAAAUAUCCGUCUCCUUUCUUUCGUUUGAAUUCGGUCAAUUUUAGCUCAAAUGUUUUAUCCAAUAGAGGUCUUACGGAAACUGAUACUGCUAGGUCUCUAUCAGACCUUCGUGUAUCAACUAUUGAAGAACUUGCUGCUACUGAGAACCAACACCAAACUAAUUCUGAAAUGGACAUCACGCCAACUGUAGAUUCUGUGGCUCCUCCUGACUAUUCUGACAUUACCGUCUUGCCUACCAGGAUGAAUGGUAACUCCUCACUUGGUCCUCCUGGAAAGUAUAUUUGGUUUUUGGUCCUCAAUGAAGAAAACAGUUCGCCGCUUGAAGCUCACGAUAUAUCUAGAAUAAGCGAGACCAGUAAUACUGAUAACGUAUACGUUACAGAAAGUCGUGCUGGUCAUUCGACUACCCAAAGUGUCCCAAGAAACACUCCUAUACUUUCAUAUGUUGAAAACAAUGAAUCAAAUGUAUCUAGACCUAUAAGAGUUUCGAGACCACAAACAACGGAGUUUCAUGAAAAUCUUAAUUCUUAUGCAUGUUCUAGAGGAAGUCCAGAAAUAAUGGAUAGCAAUUUUCGUUUGGUUGCUAGUCUUUCUAAUGAUGAAGUUAAUCCAAAUGCUGUUCAUCAUUCAGCCUUAACACUCGAACAUUUAUCUAUCAAAAACGAGGACUUAGAAGGAAACCGUUUGGAUUACCAAAGUAUGAAUGAACGAGUUAUGAAUUUGGAGUCACAGUCAAUUUCUAUCUCGUCAGAUACAGCAGCUUAAACUUCAUAUGUGCCUUUUUUAGGUUAACUUCAUGGGAUGAUGAGAAAUCAGUAUGAAAGAAGCUCCUGACUUACAACAAGGUUACAUUUUGCCAUCACAUUUCAUGCAGAAUAUAUAAAAGUUUUGUUUUUGACUUGUGAUCCAUAGUGUCUCCAAAUCAAGUUCAUCAUCUUAGGGUUUCUUUCAAAUAUGGUUUAAUUUUAUCAAACUGUUUGUAAGAACAACUGUUUAAACAAUGACCUACCAAAAGGUCGAAGUAUAAGUUCAUGAAAUAGUCAAACGUUUGUAUUAUAUUAUUGGAAACUGUGACGUCCCAAUAAUUUAUACUAAGGAGGAAGUAUAUUUUGAACAAUUGGGUAUGUGGUAAAAGAACAAAAAUAAUGGCCUAUUUGUGACUUUUCUGUGAAGCUUAUUUUGUAAAUGAGAAAAUAUUCUAUUAAGUUUGUAAAGCAACAAAAACUGCUUCACCUUAUAAAGUUAGUAAGUGAUUCGUUCGGAGUAUUUUCAAAUAUUGAAUAUUUUUCUUUUUUUUUCUUUAAUACAGUAAAUUCGUAUAGCUCUUAGUAUUCAACUUAAUAUAUACUUAUUAAAGUGAUACCCAGGUAAAAAGUAAUAUCAGUUUAUAAAAACAUCAUAUAAAAAUGGACAAUUAACAAGUCAAUCCAAGAGCUUGUUCCCCAGUGACACAGCGGUAUGUCUGCGGACUUACAACGCUAGAAACCGGGUUUCGAUACCUGUGGUGGGCAGAGCACAGAUAACCCAUUGUGUAGCUUUGUGCUUAACUUCAAACAAACAAACCAAGAGCUUAACUUGGUUCGAUAAGAAACUGAACAAAUAUUCAAAAUCACAAGGUGGCAUUGUCUUUUAUUAGAAAAGUAUUUAACUGGUGUUCUUUGAAAUGUUAAUUCUUGGAUUAAUGUAAAUUUCUUUUUACUGGAAAAAUUCUGACUAAUUGACACUCUCCAAAACGAAAAAGAUAUUACAGCCUAAAAGGUUAUCAAAGAUUUUGAAAGUUUCUAUUUUACAAAAAAUAUUGCAUUACAAUAAACGUAAUUCAUGUCUAAAAGAAACCGAUUGCCUACGGCAUUAUUUAUUUGCUUGUUUAUUCUAAUUCAAUUGUUAUACGUUGCCAAAAAAAAAACUUUUAUGCUUCCCAAAAUGUACAGCUACAAGUAAAUGCGUGAAAUCUUUUACCAAAAGUGAAACAAGGAAAACAGCAAUAAUAGCCACGUACCUAACGAACUAAAAGUCUCAUAAAAAUCUCGUUUAACUUGAAAAUUAUUAUUGCUAGCUUAUCACUUAAAUUUAUCUCGGAUUGGUUAACUAGGAUGAUUUCUACAUGAAUGAUUUAAUUUUAGAGAAAGUAACGAAGCUAAAGCAAAAAGAAAAGAAAAUAGCAGUUAACAAACGUGGUGCAGCGCAGGAGUCUUCGUGAAAUCAAGACAAAUAAUGUUUUCGGGCAAUGUGUUUUCUUUUUUGUAGCGUUUUUCUUGCACGCAGAUUUAAUAUAUACAAGUUGUCUAUCAUCAAAAUAAAUUUUAGAAGCAUUCCAAAACAAAACAGUUUCAAUACAUAUGUUUAUGCAUAAAAAGUCCACCUCUCCAUUCAAAAGUGGCGUUCAAGUAAAACUGUUGUAUACAAACUGUUCUUUGAAAUAAGUUUAUGAUCUAUACAGCAAUGGACAUCUAAUAAUUUACUGAAGCUAAAAGUAUUGUAUAGGAGCAUCUCAAACGACAUAUCAUUUAAUUAUAACAUAAAAAUACUGGUAACUAUACUGUUCUUGAUUUAAUAUUCUCAUUUGUAACAUAAAUUAAAAAGUACUGG